GCCCCUUUCAGAUCAUUUACGACACUUCAUCCACAAUUUACCUGUUACGAACACGCGGAUAUUUUCAUUUUUAAAUAAGUCACUACAAGUGAUAUAACUUUUUGUGACAACAUCUUUCUCCGGAACAUUUUUCUGGCUUUCAACAGACGCAACAAUGUGCUCUUGUUUAUUUUACAAAUUUGUGGAUAAUUUUCGAAAUCAAACACCGUGAAUCCAAUAAAGCAGGCGUGGCUUAAUUUUAACUGCAACAGUGUUUUCGUUUGAAUGCAACUUGAAUUUUAGUGGCAGUGAAUGGAAAUGUGAGUUUUCAGCGAAAUAUUGGACAUUUUUGCCGAGAUGGGAGACAUUAUGGUGCCAUACCUUCUGGCGGUUGCUAUGAUCUUUUCCAACACAGGGUCUAUUUUGGUAAACGGAGGAAUGCAGAAUUCUGGUGGUAACGGCUUUAACGCUCUUCCAGAGAGUGGCACUCUCCCGCCUAUGGGACCACCUGCAGUUCCACAAAAUCGCUUUGAACCUUAUUUUGACGCAAUGACUCCACGCAAUGUAACAGCUCUUGUUGGAAAAUCGGCUUAUCUCAGCUGCCGCGUACGAAAUUUAGGAAAUAAAACGGUUUCAUGGAUUCGUCAUCGAGAUAUUCACAUUUUAACUGUCGGCAGUUACACAUACACGAGCGACCAGAGAUUUCAGGCGAAUCAUCAUCCUGAAACCGACGAAUGGACUUUACAGAUCAAGUGGGCACAAAAGAGAGAUGCCGGAAUUUACGAGUGUCAAAUUAGCACACAACCAGUGAGGAGCUAUUUCGUCAACCUUAAUGUUGUCGUUUCAGAGGUCCCAGCCGGAGAUGAACCCUCCCGUGAAGUAACAAAUAAAAAGAAUUGUACUCGUAGUUGUUCCCCAGUUCCCACAGCACAAAUUCUUGGAGGACCUGAUCUUCAUGUGGAUAAAGGUAGCACAAUCAAUUUGACAUGUUCGAUCCGGUUCAGCCCUGAACCACCGGCGUAUAUCUUCUGGUACCACCGAGACGAUGUAAUAAGUUACGAUUCGAACAGAGGCGGCGUGAGUGUCAUCACUGAAAAGGGAGAUGUGACUACAAGUUUCUUGUUAAUCCAACAUGCUGACAUUUCAGACUCCGGCAAGUAUUCCUGCAGUCCGUCGAAUGCAGAUGUCGCAAGUGUCCGAGUACAUGUCUUAAACGGGGAGAGACCUGCCGCUAUGCAAACUGGAUCAGCAGGACUAUCAAACAGUUCUUUGAAUAUCCUCGCCUUGAUGAUCAUUUCUUACAUUUACACUGCUAUCUAUUUAAGUCUCCAACUUGAAACCAAAGAAACAGUGGCUGCUUUAAGGUAGCCAUUUUGCAAAGAUGUCAAUAAUAUGUACAUACAUUAAGUAAAAACGCGAGUUCUCAACGACUUAUACAAGAAAAAAAUAUAAAAAUACACUAAAUCAUUGUACAGAAACAUUAAAUUUAAUCAAGUGUUUCAAAUUUCUGUGUUCUAGAGUUUACCUCCAUUGUGUGCUAUUAUCGGAUCAAAUAUUUGGAUCAGUUAAGUGAACAAAUUAAUUUUGUAUCGUUCUGUUAUUACUGUCUUACACUGUACUACUAACAAUGUUGGUGUUUUUCGUGUUGCAUACUCACUUCGAGUAAAAAUAAAAGUGUCGGCUGAGAACCAAAAUUGAAACACUUAAAGUUAUUGAAUGUUAAUUGUUAUUUUAAAAAUUAACCAUUUAGUGUAAAUAUAAACAUUUUAAAAUGGAUUAGGUAAAUAGAUGUAAAAUUGAAUAAAUAGAAUCAUUACGAGAAAAGGAUUUUUAUUGGGGAAGUUUGUGUGAAAUCAUAAAGAAACAAAUAGUAACUUCCCCGGCAAGUGAAAUAUAUAUUUUAUUUGUUGUUGACAUGCAAGCUAUAACUUUGUAUUAGGAAAAUGAAAGAAAGUUUUAUUGGAUGAACAAAAGUGAAUAGACAUUUCAAUGUGUUUAAAAAAGGUGUAUAAUUAAGAAUUUCAUGUAGAAAACUCUUGUUACCAGAGAAAAGUUUUGUUAAUUAUUCUCUCCCAAGCGAAAUUGGAAUAAAUUUUAUCCAUUCAACUAUAACAUGGAUAUUCAUAUAUUAACGGGUUAUUAAUUUCGCUUCAACAGGGUAUACGUAAUUAUUUCGGUUAUUUUUAAAAAAUGUAUAACAUUGUAAUUAUUCAUGUUCAUGUAGAUUGAAUCUUUUGUUGAUGAUAAAAUAAUAAAUAUCAAUAAAAUGGAUUUAAUCGUUAUUCAAAAAUUAUUUCCCAAUUUUGAAGUGACGACUACAGUGACUUUAAUGCAAUUUUGGAAAAUAAUGUAAAUUAUUGUACAUACUUUAGGUAGAAUUAACAUAUAAGCCACUGCUGUGUAUAAAAUACAGGGGCGGCGCUAGAGCUUUUUGUAUUUUUUGUAUUUCCUUGUAAUAAAUCGUGCAUUAAUGCCGAUUUUUCCCAAAAAAAAACAAAUUGCUAGCGGCGUCAUUGUUAUCGAAUACAAUGAAAAAAAUCAUUAAAGCAACUUACUAAGAUAGGGUAAAUUAGAUCUCUUUGUUUUACUGUUCUAAAUGUAUUCAAAUUACAGAAGUACCUAUAUCGACAAUUCAUUAUCUCAAAUGUGUAGUGUGUAAUUUAUAUUACUGUAAAGUUUAUUAAUAAAUAAACACCCAUU